AUGAGUGAUAGUGAUUUUGAAGAAACAUUAUCUGAUUUUUUGAGUAAAAACAAGACUUCUAAGAGUCCUGAGAAAACAAUGGAAAAGGCUGGUGUUUCUCCUCUUCGUAGGAGUUCGAGAAGUAAAGAAAUUAUUAAAUCUAAUGCUGUUGUCUGUGUAAAAGAGAAGAAAGCAAUUGUGAAAUAUAAGUCUGUGAAGAAGGAUGUUGCUUGUAAAAGAAAAGGAGAUGUUGUUUUGCACCAAAGAGAUAUCAAGAGGAAAAGGCUUGGUAGUGAUAACUUGAAUAAAAGUGAUUCUAUGCAGAAGUUUGAUUUGUUAAUUGAUCCAAAGGAACGUUUUGUUGGGAAAGUUGGAAAUGCAAGUUCCAAUUCAGUGAUCAAAAAUAUAAAGUUGAAGCUUAAUGAUGAUCAGUUAUCUAUUUUAAAGAACAGUAGGUUUGGUUCCUUUUUAUGGCUGGACAAGGAUGUACUUAGUCUUAGACUCAUACAUUCUAUACUUUUAAGGGAGGUGCAUCAUGCCAAUCUUUCUGAACUUUGGUUUAAUUACGGAUCUCAGAUUCUGCGUUUCAGUUUGUAUGAGUUUGGUCUCGUUAGCGGUCUUGUUUGUGGAAGUGACGAGUCAAGAUUUUCUGGUUAUUUUGAGGAUGGUGAUUUUUUUAAUAAAUUUUUUAGUGAUGAGAGCAAGAUUACACGUCAGGUUAUUGAAGCAAAAUUUCUUGAUGCUGUUUGGGAGAAUGAUGAUGAGGCUGUAAAGUUUGCGAAGCUUUACAUGGUGCAAUGUUUUAUUUUGGGUAAUCUUGGGACUACUUUGAUUGAAGAUCGUUUCAUUCACUUGCUGGAUAGUUCUGAUUAUGAUGAUUUUCCAUGGGGGAAAUAUUCGUUUGAAUUAUUUGUUCAGUCUACUAAGAACAAGCUCUCAAGUAAACUGAAGUCAUCAAGUCAAUCUACCUUCUAUCGACUUUAUGGAUUUCCGUAUGCCAUCCAAUUCUGGUUUUAUGAAACAUUAGUUUCUGUGCCUCAGUACCUGUGUACUUUGAACGAUGCUGCUGCCUAUCCUCGGUUAAUGCGUUGGAUACCGAAGGAUAUAAAAAAAAUGCAGAACUUUGAUUUUAAAGUUUUUGAUGAUGAAACUGAAAAGGUCACAGUCCUUUCAAAUAUUGUAGCAACUGACGAUGAGUCUGGUAGUCUUAUUGUUAAUGGACUCUAUUAUCAAGGUCACGUUGCUGCGCAAGAAAGAAAUGAUGCUUGUAUAGCUGAAGUUAGAAUCAUGGAAGUGGCAAGGUCUGCUUGCGUUAACUUUGUCAAGGAAUUGAAAGCUCAGAUUUUUGACAAUGAUGUUGAUUAUUCUGAUUUGGAGAGUGACGUUCGAAAGCGCAUUUGUGCUUCUGUUGAUAAUUUUGAAGUAAAUCAAUUAAGUAAUAUUUUCAAAGUCAAUUCUGGAAAGGCUGAAACUGUAGAAAAGAAGAUACAUAAUUCUGUUGAUAGUGAAGAUGUUGACUAUGAGACUGAUAAUGAGAAAAACAUUGGCUCUUCGGAAGAAACUGCGAAUGAUGAUAGCGUGUCUUAUGAGGUUUUGAGGCGGAGUGCUGAUGUCCAGCAGAAUGUUCAGCCGAAUGAUCUUGAUAAUAGUAAAAAUGAUGAACCUGUUGGUGAAUGUGUUGAUGGUGAAAUGGUAUAUUUUUUCAUUUGUUAACAGCUAGAUAAUUUAUUGUUUGUUUUUUUAUUAAUCUCUUUUUUUUAUAGAUUGUUACUGAGGUUAAUGUAGAGUUGGAAGGCUUAUUGCAUGAUAAUCCUGAAAUUGAGGAAGGAAUUUGUGGUGAGAUGGAUGGUGGUGUUGUUGCUGAAGCUGACACUGUUGUUGAUGACUCGGAGAGGAAUUUUGACGUGGAUGCUCUUUUUGAUAGUAAUCCUAAUGAGUCUACUGAAAACAUUGAUGAAGUUAAGCAUGCUGAGUUGGCUGAGAAAUUUGAACAAGUUGAGGAAGCUGAGUUGGUUGAUAAAAUGGAUUCAGAUGGAG